AUUUUCAUCCGUGAAAAUUCCUUGCUACUAAAUAUUCCACAGUCAACUGUUAGUGGUAUUAUAACAAAGUGGAAGCAACUGGGGACAACAGCAACUCAGCCACAAAGUGGUAGGCCACGUAAAAUGGCAGAGCGGGACAGCGCAUGCUGAAGUGCAGAGCACAGAAGUCGCCAACUGUCUGCAGAGUCAAUAGCUAAAGACCUCCAAACUUUGUGUGGCCUUCAGUGAGAUUCAUAGAAUGGGUUUCCAUGGCCAGGCAGCUGCAUCCAAGCCUUACAUCACCAAGUGCAAUGCAAAGCACCGGAUGCAGUAGUAUAAAGCACGCCGCCACUGGACUCUAG